GCCGCCGCCGGCAUGGACUCGGACCCGUGCGCCGCCGCCUUCCGCCCCGAGGAAUACUCGCCCAGUUACAAGAGGCGCCGGACCGUGGAGGAUUUUAACAAGUUCUGCACCUUCGUCUUGGCCUAUGCCGGCUACAUCCCCUACCCCAAGGAGGAGCUCCCUCUGCGGAGCAGCCCCAGCCCGGCCAACAGCACAGCCGGGACCGUAGACAGCGACAGCUGGGACACGGGAUUCUCUGACCUGGCGCCCACGGGCGUGCCCCUGCCCGUCUCAGACCGCUGCUUUGGGCACCUGCCGCGCCCCAAGCCGAGUGAUUUCCUGCUGGAGCGAAAGAAGCCGGACAAGCUGAAGAAGAGAAAGAAGAGGAAGCGGCGAGACAGCGAGGUGGUCGCGCAGGAAGGCUACGUGGGGGACCUGCUGAAGCUGGAAGCCGCUGAUCCUUACGGGGAACCCCCGCGGAGCCCCCAGGACAGCCCCCAGGCCCCGGGCGAUCCCUGCUCGGGCUGGGACUCUGACACACCGUCCAGUGGCUCCUGUAUCGCCGUGUCCUCCCCUGACCAGGCCAAAGAGAUCAAAACGGAAGGGAAACGGACUAUCGUCCGGCAGGGGAAGCAGGUGGUAUUCCGGGACGAGGACAGCACAGGCAACGACGAGGACAUCAUGGUGGACUCAGACGACGACUCGUGGGACCUGGUCACCUGCUUCUGCAUGAAGCCCUUCGCCGGCCGCCCCAUGAUCGAAUGCAACGAGUGUCACACCUGGAUCCACCUGUCUUGCGCCAAGAUCCGCAAGUCCAACGUCCCCGAAGUGUUCGUCUGCCAGAAGUGCCGGGACUCCAAGUUCGACAUCCGCCGCUCCAACCGGUCCCGAAUGGGCUCCCGGAAGCUCUUCCUGGACUGACUGUGGACAGACAGUGAGCGAGAGCGACCCCUGCUCGGGGGUGUCCCCACUCACUCCCUCUUUUCCCUUUUACCCCUUGUUGGCGAGCACAGACUCUCAGCCAGCCGCGGUGCAGGCCGACCCU